AUGAACUCUGCCGCGAGGAUUCUCUCUUCCUCUUCCCGCCAGAGCUUGCGCCGUCUCCAGAUCCGCUCCGCCGCUCCCGCCUCCCGUUUCGCCCCGACUUUUGGAGCCGUCCAGACCCUGUCCGCCUCAGCCCGCACCAUGGCCACCACGCGCAAGAUCAAGGUCAAGAACCCCGUCGUCGAGCUCGACGGCGACGAGAUGACCCGCAUCAUCUGGAAGGACAUCAAGGACAAGUUCAUCCACCCCUACCUGGACAUCGACCUCAAGUACUACGACCUCGGCCUCGAGUACCGCGACGAGACCAACGACCAGGUCACCAUUGACGCCGCCGAGGCCAUCAAGAAGUACUCGGUCGGCGUCAAGUGCGCCACCAUUACCCCGGACGAGGCCCGCGUCGAGGAGUUUAAGCUUAAGCAGAUGUGGCUCUCUCCCAAUGGCACCAUCCGUAAUGCGCUGGGCGGCACCGUCUUCCGCGAGCCCAUCGUCAUCCCUCGCAUUCCCCGCCUCGUCCCCGGCUGGCAGAAGCCCAUCAUCAUCGGCCGCCACGCCUUUGGCGACCAGUACCGCGCCAAGGACACCGUCGUCAAGGGCGCCGGCAAGCUGUCCAUGGUCUACACCCCCGAGGGCGGCGAGCCUCAGGAGAUCGAGGUCUUCCAGUUCAAGAACGGCGGCGUCGCCCAGACGCAGUACAACACGGAUGAGUCCAUCGCGGGCUUCGCGCACGCCUCGUUCAAGCUGGCGCUCGACAAGAGCCUCCCCCUGUACAUGAGCACCAAGAACACCAUCCUCAAGAAGUACGACGGCCGCUUCAAGGACAUCUUCCAGGAGCUGUACGACACGCAGUACAAGAAGGAGUUUGAGGCCAAGAACAUCUGGUAUGAGCACCGCCUGAUCGACGACAUGGUUGCCCAGAUGAUCAAGAGCUCCGGCGGCUACAUCAUGGCCCUGAAGAACUACGACGGUGACGUCCAGUCCGACAUUGUGGCCCAGGGCUUCGGCUCCCUCGGCCUCAUGACCUCGGUCCUCAUCACCCCUGAUGGCAAGACGUUCGAGUCCGAGGCCGCCCACGGCACCGUCACCCGCCAUUACCGCGAGUACCAGAAGGGCAACGAGACGUCGACCAACCCUAUCGCCUCCAUCUUCGCCUGGACGCGCGGCCUGAUCCAGCGCGGCAAGCUCGACGAGACCCCCGAGCUGGUCGCCUUCGCCGAGAGCCUCGAGCAGGCCUGCAUCGACACGGUCGAUGUCGACGGAAUCAUGACCAAGGACCUGGCCCUGGCGUGCGGAAAGAAGGCUCGCUCCGACUACGUCACGACCACGGAGUACCUCAACGCCGUGGAGCGCCGCAUGAAGAACAUCCUCAAGGAGAAGCUGUAA